AGCUUGCAGUAAUCUGUAAAUGAUUGCGGGUAAAGUCUGGAGGCUUCAGGCUUGAUCUGUGUUUGUUCCAAAAGAAAGCCAAGGAGGACGGUGUUAAUAAAGAGAGAUUUAACGGAGAGCUGUGCUUGGAAUAAAGUGGGCUACAAAAAGGUCAAAUUUGAUCAGUUGGAGCAGAUUACAAGAGCUUUAAACGGUGGUGUGGAGAAAUGAGCCGGGGCUGGGAAGGAAUAUAGCACAAGAUUGAUUUGGGGGGUGGAGAAAAGCCAGGACAAGUGCUUAUCAAUCCUAGAAGUAAGAAGAGCUGUGCUGGGCGCCCCAUGGCUCUGGCCUGAGCCAAGAAGCAGGCUGGCUGGUUUCUUCCCCUGCACCCACCCCCUCUUCCCUCCUCUCCGAUUGGAUUCGCCUUCAGCUGCCUCUUAGACAAUGGUUUCCUUAAUCUCUGACUUGGAUCCACUCAAAGACUGGAAAGUUUUAAGAGAGACAACCACAGAGUUAGCUGGAAGCCUACCAAGUAACGGCACAGCCAACAAGAUGAACGGCGCUUUGGAUCACUCCGACCAGCCAGACCCAGAUGCCAUUAAGAUGUUUGUCGGGCAGAUCCCCAGGUCCUGGUCGGAAAAGGAGCUGAAAGAACUUUUUGAGCCUUAUGGAGCCGUCUACCAGAUCAACGUCCUCCGGGACCGGAGUCAGAACCCUCCCCAGAGCAAAGGUUGUUGUUUCGUAACGUUUUAUACAAGAAAAGCUGCACUUGAGGCCCAGAAUGCACUGCACAAUAUUAAAACUUUACCUGGGAUGCAUCAUCCCAUUCAGAUGAAACCUGCGGAUAGUGAGAAGUCAAAUGCCGUGGAAGACAGAAAAUUGUUCAUAGGAAUGGUUUCGAAGAAAUGCAACGAGAAUGAUAUCAGGGUGAUGUUCUCUCCGUUCGGCCAGAUAGAAGAGUGCCGGAUCCUCCGGGGGCCCGACGGGCUGAGCCGAGGCUGUGCGUUUGUCACAUUUUCUACAAGGGCAAUGGCACAGAAUGCAAUCAAAGCCAUGCAUCAGUCUCAGACCAUGGAGGGCUGCUCUUCACCUAUCGUGGUGAAGUUCGCUGACACUCAGAAGGACAAAGAGCAAAGACGCCUCCAACAGCAGCUGGCGCAGCAGAUGCAACAGCUCAACACUGCCACCUGGGGGAACCUGACGGGCCUGGGCGGACUCACCCCACAGUACCUGGCGCUCCUGCAGCAGGCCACCUCCUCCAGCAACCUGGGCGCCUUCAGCGGCAUUCAGCAGAUGGCGGGCAUGAACGCUUUACAGUUACAGAAUCUGGCCACGCUGGCGGCCGCUGCAGCCGCAGCCCAGACCUCAGCCACCACCACCAACGCUAACCCUCUGUCCACCACGAGCAGCGCCCUGGGAGCCCUCACCAGCCCCGUGGCUGCUUCAACACCCAACUCCACUGCUGGUGCGGCCAUGAACUCUUUGACCUCUCUCGGGACUCUGCAAGGACUGGCGGGAGCCACAGUUGGACUGAAUAAUAUUAAUGCACUCGCAGGUACCAUAAACAACGCUCCAGCCCACUUGUCCUUGCCCUCGGUUGCAGUUGCUCAAAUGCUCUCAGGUAUGGCGGCUCUGAAUGGAGGACUUGGCGCCACGGGCUUGACGAAUGGCACAGCGGGCACCAUGGACGCCCUCACCCAGGCCUACUCAGGGAUUCAGCAGUACGCAGCCGCGGCACUGCCCACUCUGUACAGCCAGAGCUUGCUGCAGCAGCAGAGCGCAGCGGGCAGCCAGAAGGAAGGUCCAGAGGGUGCAAACCUCUUUAUUUACCACCUUCCACAGGAGUUUGGAGACCAGGACAUUCUGCAGAUGUUCAUGCCUUUUGGAAAUGUUAUCUCUGCUAAAGUCUUCAUUGACAAACAGACCAAUCUGAGCAAGUGCUUUGGUUUUGUUAGCUACGACAAUCCGGUGUCUGCGCAAGCUGCUAUCCAGGCUAUGAAUGGCUUUCAGAUUGGCAUGAAACGCUUGAAGGUCCAGCUGAAGCGCUCCAAAAAUGACAGCAAACCUUACUGAUCCUAACCCCAGAGGCUCCCUGCUCUUAUUUUAGCUUUCUUAGGACAUCUUCAUGCCUGUUAGUUCACCGUUUGCCUAGCAUGUCCCUGUGGCGUCUCAAAAAAAAGUUUCAUCGUCCCGUCAUUGUUUCUGAUGUCUUUCUGACCUCACAUCAUAUUUGGUUCUCCUACUGACCUUUGAUCUAGUUUGACCUUUGAAAUUUGCAUGUGACCUCAUCUAGCUAUGAAUUCUGGGAAGUCAAUGUGAAAAACAUUGCUGCAUUCAUGCAAGACUGAAAUUUAUUAUUAGAAAAAAAUAAUUAUAGAAAAAAACCUGUGGCAAAAUGUUUUUCUUAUUUUUCUUUUCUUUUCAUAAAACAGACUUGAAAGUAUUAUACAGGGAUUGGCAUUCUUCCCGGUCACUGGUAACAAUAGCAAUAUGUGUCCAGGGACACAGAAUGUUGGUUUCUAACAGACUACUUCCAAAAACAGUUUGAGAAAAAAAACUGUCUGAUUUUAAGUCUCUAGAGGUCUGUAAUAGUUUUUACAUUUUUCAGGCAGUGUAAAGUUUUUUGAUAAGGCCAUUUUAGGUGGCUCACUUUCUCAUUAAGAUAUAUAUAUAGAACCACUUUUUGUAGAUUAGUAUAAGAAAAAUAUUUACCCUGUUUUGGGGCAAAUGCUACCUAUUUGUGUCACCUUUUGCUGAACUGACUCACAGUUAGACAAUCCAUGGUUUAAUGCACAUGAAAUUACCUAUAUUUUAUACUGUUUCAAUGUACAGGAGAAAGGUUACUGUAAACUGUGUUGCGUUGGUGCUUCUGUGAAUUAAGUUGUGGUUUCAUCAUGAGUCUUACGGUCUUAAUGUUCUUUGUUGAUAAGACAAGUUUAGAACUGAUUUACUUAAAAAAGAAUUUCAAAAAAAAAAAAAAGUUGUUUGCUUAAAAAAAACAAUUUCAUGUGAGGGGGGGGAAAAAACUAUUCCAGAAUAAGUUUGUGUUGGCUUGUAAAGCAUUGAUGUCAUUUUUAUUAUUAUUAUUGUGGACUAUUUAGAUGUGUUUGUGUUCAGCAAAAUGUGAUUUUUUUUUCUUUUAAAGAAAAAAGUGAAAAUAUAUAGUGCCAAAUUCCAAAGGUACUUCCUUCCUAGAGCUUCAGUGUGUUUCUUGUGAGAAGUAAUUUGAUAACAUGGGUAUUUUAUUAUGUGUUUUGUAUAAAUCCCUAAUAUUUAAAAAACAAAAAACAGGAAAAAAAAAAAAGAGGUUAAAAAGUUUGUUAACUUGCUAUCCUGUGGUCUUGUUGCCUGAAAUUGUUAAUGUUUGUUAUUUCUCUAUGAUGUUUUUUGUAAGACAUUGUAUAAGUGCCCAUGUCUCACUUUUUUAACCACUCUGCACAUCAAUGCUGUGAUGGCAACCUCACAAUGUAUUUUCUUCAUAAUAUAUGGAAACCUCUAAGGUGAGAAAGUUUUGAACUUUUAACCCUUUCUACCCAGAGCUAUCUGGAAUGUUGAUAACUUUUAUACUGUCAUUUAGUUUGUUUUGGGGUGAUUCUAAUUUGGAUUUUUUCCCCCCCUACAUUUAUCUUCUCUGAGUUGUUUUGUUUUUACUACUUUUUUAUCCUUUGGUUGAGAUCCAAAAGAAAAAAAACUCCAAAAGGCAAAUCUGCAGGAAAAAUAUAUAUGUAUUUUUAACCCUCUCUCCUUUUUUCCCUUCACCAUUUUUUUUUUUUUAAUCUGAUUGUUUCUGGUCAUUUUUUUAAGAAGAAUUCUUAUGUGCUGCUAGAAUUCCUUCUGCUUAAACACAGUUUAUUAGGUAAUCGUGAGAGGGAUGGUGGGUAGAUUCAGCACCUAACUAACCCUUCAGUUCUGUAUGCUAUUGAGAUCAGAUGUAGUGGGACAUCCCAAUUAAGAAUAUUUUCAUAUACCUUCCAGACAAAUGACAUGGUAAUUGGGUAGUUUUUUUGAGAUAUUUUUGCUUUUCUUUCCUAAAUAUUCCUAAUUAAUAUUUCUAAUCAGCCAUUGUGCUGGGGAUUUCUCUGACUGUGGAUGCCUCUGAAUAGCAAGGUGUCUGGAGUUAGCUGAGAGUCCUUUCCCCUUCACACAUGUCUAAUUUUUAAUUAAUUGAAUGCAUAUACUGGCCAUUUAAGUAAAACUUAGUUCUUUAUUCCAGUUACUAACCAAAUACCUACCGUGUUUCCCAGAAAAUAAGACAUCCUCCGAAAAUAAGGCCUAGCGCAUCUUUGGGAGCAAAAAUUAAUAUAAGACACUGUCUUAUUUUCCAGGAAACAGGGUAGCAUCAGUUCCUGCUGCCACUUUUUAAAGUGCCAUAUUACUUUGACUUUGACUUCACAUAAACACAUCUCCUUGCUGUCCUGACAAAUCCCAAUGUUCUCCCAGCAGCCCCAGUCCAAACCCCUGCUUUCCUGAAAGCAGGCCCUGGAAGCUUCUUUGUCUCUAAUGGAGUUCCGAAACGGCUGGCUCCCUGUCCUUCCUCACCACCCCACUGGGUUUAGUUUGUGUGUGGAUGUGAUAGCCCGGGGAUGGAAAGGACUAGCCUCUAAUGAUGCAAAAAAAAAAAAAAAAAAAAAAAAGUUUCCUUCUUAGGGCACGUGCACUUAUAAUGACAUGAUUUGUAUUAUCCUCACGUGUUUACUACUGCUGGGGCCUUCCUUCAUCCUUUGAGGGCUAUUUUGUACUUCCUGCAGCAAUCAGCUGAAAUGAGUUAUCACACACGCCUCUCUCACGUGUAAUAUAUGGUGGUGUGUAGAUACAUGCACAGGAACACAAGAGAACACCAUCUGAACUUCUUCGAUUCGUUCUGAAUCUCUUCAUUUACCAAUCUCUACAGAGAUCUCAAAACAGUUUUUUCCCCAUUUCUUCAUUGAAGCAAACUGCCCUCCCCCUGCCCGCCUCUCUUUUCUCCCACCUGCACCGCCCCCAGAGGAACUGAGUGCAGCUGACAAGAGGUUCAGGGUGGGCACUUAAAGUUGAGUGUUUCUUAUUUUGCAGGCAACCAAGACACACGGAGUGGGAAAGUCUAUUCUUCCUGGGUUAUUGGGGGUAUUUUUGGCAUGUUUCAUUGUUAAGAAGAUAACCCUCCUCAGAGACAAGCUGUUCUUUUAGUCACUUUAUCUUUUAAUAACAAAAGGAAGAAGCUGCAAGGGUGCAAGGGCCUGUGCCAGGAGGAAAACACACAGCGAAACUGCUUUUUUUAAAAAAUCAAGUGUAGAGAAUAGUCAUUUUUAAACUAAAUUAGAGAAUCAUGAUCAAAUGGCAGUUCUUAAGGCGGAACAAGUUCAUCUUUCUUUCACCAUAGGGGUUCUAGUUCUUUGGCUUGUGCUACUCUGGACUCAUUUUACUGUUGUUUUUAUUAUUAAGUGCUAAUUAACAAGAAGAAAUAAAAUUUUAAAAAAACCUGUAGUUUCAUUACCUUUUUGAAUAAUGUCAUACAAAAAAAUGUAUUUGUGUUUUUUUGUGCUGUGAGAAUUGUUUGUAGAUUAAUAUUUUGUUUAGAAUUACAAAAUAGUUUUUAAAUAUUGUCUGAGAAAAGCCAAAGUUAAUGCAACCUAGUGGAAACUGUAAGACCAUUGAGUAUUGUUUGUUUUAUUGAUGCAUUUGGAUUUUGUUGUUUGAUGGAAUUUGAGCCAAAAAAAAAAAAAAUGCAGGCUUUCCUAUUUCUACAAUUGAUUGUACUUAUUAUGCAUUUUGUACCAGUGGAACUUUUUAUACUGGAGAUUAAAAACAUGGAAAAUUUUGUGGCUUACUCUAGUGGGCCCCAGACAAUGACUGAUUUCAAGUUUGAUUUCUGGUUGAUAGAAAGAAAGUUGGUUUUCUUUUGAGAAUUAAAAACUUUGGCUUGAUUUCUUUUUUCCCUUUGCUUAUAUCUAGAAUUAGAAUUUUGUCUUAAAAUACAGCGGUAAGUUUCACUUUUUAUUCUGUAUUGUGCAGUUACACAAAUAAGGUAAUUAGAUUUAGAAGUACUCAGUCACUUUAAGUGGAUAAAUGUAUUAGUUAAAACUUUAGGGGUUUGCUUUUUGCUAUUUAGAUCAAAGUUUUUUCUGAUUCUUCUGUCCUCAUUGUGAACAUAACCGUGUAGUUGAAACAAACUUAUUUUUGUAACGUAUGUUAUUGUGUGAUGCAGUUUUUUGCUUCUGUCUCCAAUAUUAAACCAUUUUCCUAAUA